AUGAACGCAUACGUACGGCACAUUAAGAACAACAAAAAAAUGUUGAAGUUGUUGAUCUGCCUCCCUCUCAUCCUCCUCCCUCUCAUUGCCGACACGCAAGCCCGUGAUCCUCCGGCCCCUGGAAGCCGAUCGAGGAUUGCGAGGUUUGCGGUUGCUGCGCAUAACAAGAACACGAAUGCGAAUUUGGUGUUCGUGAGGAACCUCGAGGGAAAGACCCAAUCUGACGCCGGCAGAAGAGCAGAGGUAUGCCUUUUGAGAUUCAAUAAGGGAUCCGUUACUUGGAGAUUUGAUUCGAUCGGCGACGAUGUGAUGCGGUUGCAUGCAGACGCAUACGGCACGUAUUAACAGCGUAACUAACAGAGCAACAAGCCAUAUCCGAAAAAAACUUGAGUUACUUAUCACACAAUCAACAGCAUUAACAAAAAAAAGUAAUGUCUCAAAUGGAAACAUUAGUUAUCGUGGAUGCAUUGAGAAAGCGACGGUGUUCCACAGCCCAACUCUCUCCUAUCCUCUUUAUAUACACCCUCGUUUCCCAUACUUUAGUCGCAAUCUACUCGUCUAAUCCAAAACAAAAGGUCGUUGUCUCUAUUUUCAUGGAAGUGGGUGUCAGAUAAGAUAUGUGGAACCCUUCAUGAAGACAUAGACAUAAGGAUAUGGUAAAUGAUCUAUUGAAGCCCUAGACAAACUUUGGGAUGAGCCAAAGAAUGUAACUUUAGCAGCGAAUACGUUUUCGUUUUAAAUCCUUUAAUCUUUAUUCAUUAAAUUAACUAUUGUUUAAUGUCAUUCACGUUCCUAUAUAUCUUCUGUGUGUAGUGUGUUUCAUUCACUUGAGUUACUUAUCACAGAAAAUAGCAUAAACAAAAUUUAAUGUUAUAAAUGGGACGCCAUUUGUUUUAGUUUAAAUAUAGUUGAUGUUCUUACGUAUCUAUGUAGAAAUUAAUUAUAUUUUUAUUCUUUUAAGUA